AUGAAGGAAAGGAAGCUGCCCAUCUGGAACGGCGAGUUUGGUCCUGUCUAUGCUCGCAAGCAAUAUGACGGAGAGACGUGGGAAGAAGUGAAUCGAAGUCGGUAUCAGUUACUGCAAGACCAACUCGCGAUAUAUGACGAGGAGAAGAUCAGUUGGAGCAUCUGGCUUUAUAAGGACAUUGGGUUCCAAGGAAUGGUCCAUGUUGGACUCGAAACUCCCUACAUGAAACUGUUUGAGAAAUUUCAUCACAAAAAGUACACGUUGGCCGUGGAUUCAUGGGGUGCUUCGAUGACCGGAGUGAAACAUGUCUAUUCAGUACUCGAAGACUUUAUCGCUCAAGCCGUGCCCGAGGAAUCCGAUAGGAGGCUCUACCCAUAUCCCGUUUGGCAGUUCAGCGACAGGGUUGCAAAAAUCAGCAGGAACAUUCUUCUUGCCGAGUACUUGAUCAAGGAGUGGGCCGAGCAUUUCCGAGGUCUAGAUGAAGCACAACUAGAUGAGUUGGCCGCAAGUUUUAAGUUUGAGAACUGUGCCCAAAGGGAGGGUUUGAAUAGG